AAAGUAGCCCUUGUCCUCUCCCUCGCAAGCCGGGUUCUGGAACACUCAAACCGCCGCUGCACCUUUACUUCCUCCGUCAACUCGCGACACUGCCAACGGCCAAGAAGGCCUCGGAGCUCUAGCUCUGACGCCGCCGUCAGCUCCAGUUCUAAAAGAAAAAAGGGUGUGUGUUGAUUAAGAGAAAGAUUGAUGGAGAUUGAUAGAGCUGAUGGCCGCUCACCAAACCAAUUGAGGCCAUUGAGUUGCUCUCGCAACACCCUCCACCGUGCUCAUGGCUCUGCCAGUUGGUCUCAGGGAGAAACAAAAGUUCUUGCUGCUGUUUAUGGACCAAAAGCUGGAACAAAAAAGAAUGAAAAUCCUGAGAAGCCCUGCUUUGAAGUUAUUUGGAAGCCUAAAAGUGGACAAAUUGGGAACCUGGAGAAAGAAUACGAAAUGAUACUCAAGCGAACUAUACAAAGCAUAUGCAUUUUGACUGUCAAUCCAAAUACCACAACCUCAAUUAUAAUUCAGGUUGUCCAUGAUGAUGGUGCUCUUCUACCUUGUGCUAUAAAUGCAGCGUGUGCUGCUCUUGUAGAUGCUGGAAUUCCUAUGAAGCAUCUUGCUGUGGCAAUAUGUUGCUGCUUAGCAGAAAGUGGAUAUGUGAUUCUGGACCCCACAAAGUUGGAAGAGCAGAAAAUGAAGGCAUUUGCUUAUUUAGUGUUUCCAAACUCAAUACUCUCGGUCCUUCCAGAAGGAUCGUCAUUGGUGGAAGGUGAACCCAUGGAGCAUGGGAUCAUUACAUCUGUAACACACGGUGCAAUGUCAGUGGAUGACUAUUUUCACUGCCUUGAAAGAGGCCGGGCAGCAAGUGCAAAGUUGUCUGAUUUUCUGAGGAGGAGCUUGCAAUCAAAAUUCCCAAGUGACUCAUCCAAUGCUGCGUGAUUUCAUAAUGAUUGAUUGAGAACAUUAUUCACAAAAAUCUUCAAGUUAAGCGAUCCAUCCUUUGCCACCUGUUGUCUACUGGUAGAAUGACUAUUGUAUUAUAAGAUUAUAUGCCUGAAUGAAGACAUUUGAUGUAACUUCAAAUGGUAACAAAACCUUUUGUAAUGGUAGGGAAUUCUGAUACCCCAACAUAGCUGGCUUAUUGUACCUGGAAGCACUUCACACUAUUUUGCAGAGAUCUGAUUUUUGGCCA